CUAUCGUUCCCCCAGGAUGUCCUCAACGCUCUCAGAGGGAUACAGAAUAUCCUUCAGGAGUCCAUGGAUACAAAUUUCUGGUAUGGAAUGCCAGAAAGGUGUUUGGAUAAGGUACUAUUGUGGGCGCUGGACGGCCCGCUUGAGCGGCUGCUCACAUCCACGGGUGAGUCUGAGCAAAGAAAGUUCCUGUUUCCAAGUUGGUCCUGGGCAGGAUGGAAUAGCGGAAUGGCAAUUGGCUCCUAUUUCGCCGAUGCGGGCAUUUAUGGUGAGACGCUCUGGUUCCUAAUCAACCGAAAAGGGGAGGCAAUAUUGAUGGAGACGGAAGAUGUUGGCGGAAUAUCCGAGUUCCCUUAGAAUGGCAACUGCGACGUUCAGCCAACGCAAAUUCCAAGAGAGACACUCGAACUCAAUGUCAGGCCGAAGUCCGAAAUCGACGUCACUGGCGAGGACCGGGCAAAAUCCGGAUUAUCUCGCCUGUAGCAGCACACUGGCCAGCUUUUUAUUUGACAGGCAAGGUCGCUUCAUUAGGCGAACAUGGAAGGCAGUGGCCAGAUGGAGACAACCUGGAAAUAUCCAACACUGAUGGGGUGUGGGUAGGAUCGAUCAUGAUGGGCCGGAGAUGGGUGGCUACUCACGUCUAACAUACAACUUCUGAGUUACGAGUUCAUGCUGAUGUCAAGAUCUGAGGAUAUUUCCCUGCCCUCGUGCCCUCGGCCUGAACACUUCGACAAGGACGCCUUCACAAAGAGACCGUGGUGUCUGCUAGACGUCUUGUUGAUUAAGCGAGAAAAGAGCACCGCCACGCGGCUUUGGGGUUGGAGUCAUCCAUGAAGAUGCGUGGUUAGCUGCAAGCCCAAGCCCGAUGUUAGCCAAGCUG